GUGCCGGGUGGCGGCCAUGGAGCCCCGCGGCCGUACGGCGCCCUGGCAGGAGCCGCCGGGCCCCGGCUUCGCCGCCGGGUAUUGGAACCCCGCGCAGCCCCGAGCGUUCGGCCUCGGGCCCUUCGCCGGCGGAGCGGACGCGCGGGGGCAGCAGGGCAUGGAUUCUCCCUACACCAACGGAUCUUACAGUGCUCCGUACCCUCCAGCCGCUCCUCAUUACGCCGCGCUGCCGCAGACACGGACCUACGGCUGCUCGGGGCCAUCCUACAGCACCGACAGCACGGCCCCGUACCGACCCCCCCCUCCUGCCCCUCCCUGGGGCUGUGGCACACAGGACUGCCCGGCAGAGGGCUGCUCGCUGCGCAGGCAGCAGACUGCUGGGUACUCCCCGCCGCAGACCCCAGGGAUGCCCGUUCCACAGUAUCCAUAUGGAGACCACAGCCCCGGGGCCAACCCACAGCCCAGGGCCCAGGAGGAGGCGUGGGCCCCCCCUGCCUAUGGGGUGCAACCGCAGUAUGCAUGGCCUGCAGCUCCAGCACACGGGAACCCAUUCCUCUCCGAAUCGCACCCACCCUGGACUGGCAGUGGGGCUGCAUCUCAUCCUCCUGCAUGGGACUCAAAGGAAUCUGCUUAUGACAAACCCGAGCAAAGUGCAAACCAACACUGCUACUAUUCUGAUGGCAAUCACCAGCACUCCGGGACAGUGAAUGACCACAAACCACCCGCCCUGCUCAGUGCCAAGUCAUCUCCCUCCAACCCCAAGGUGCAGUACAGUGCACAGCCCCAAAUGUACAACAGUGCAACUCGGAGGCUGUUGGCUGGGAACCAGGAGGCAGGCUGCAAAGCUGGCAACCACACUUCAAUGAAUUCUGCAGCCAUCCAACCAGAGAUUCAGAGAAUCCUACACGUCACAGAGCAGGCUGAACAGCUCGAACAAGAGGUGGAUGAAUUUGUAGGGAAAAAGACAGAUAAAUCCUACCGGCUGUUGGAGGAGAUGCUGACCAAGCUGCUGUUAGAACUGGAUUCCAUUGAGACUGGUGGGCAGGACGGCGUCCGGCAGGCCAGGAAGGAAGCUGUCCACAGAAUUCAGGCCAUACUGGAGAAACUGGAAAGGAAGGGAUUGUGAAAGCAAAUCAGCCACAGCGCAGCCUGUUGUGGAGGUUCCAAAGAGUUUUUCCACAUCUCAGCUCUUUCUGCUAAGCACUAUCAACAAUGUAAAAGCAAUAAGUCCUGAGUUAAAAGAAAAACAACCAAACCCACAGGAAAGCCCAGCCCCAACCAACAGCUCAGCAGCGGACCGGUUAAGAGAAGAAGAAAGCAGCAAACCGAGUUGUUUGUUCUGGGAUGUGAAGAAGCAGCACCCCCUGAGGUGCUCAGCGCUGCGGAGCCCUCUUUGGGUCUGCAUCCUUCACUGAGCAAGAAGAAGAUCACCGCACAAAGUUCCCCAAAGCAGGCCCAAUCCAUGGUACCUCGUGGAGCCACAGCUGCAGCACUUGUCACAUUCGUCACCGUGCAGCCAUAAAUGAAGGCCCUUGGUUGCCCAUCACUGCGUGUGCUUUCAGCUUCAGAUCCCGUGCCACAACAGCUGGCGUGUGUCAUCCCGGGGUUCUCUUUGCUCCCUGUGCACUCCUUGUAGCUCUGAUGUGCUGCAGACAGCAGCGUGCUGCUUCCUCUGUUGUGAAGCUGUUCCGUGAUGCCACGUGGAUGUGGGAACACAGCCUGGAACUGUGAAUUCCUCACCUGGAAAAGAGAGGUGCAGACAGAGCCGUGCAGCAGCGCAGCCCCGGACGGUGGGAGGUGCAGAAAUGCUUUUCAGGUCGCGUGGGUCAAAUCCACUUUUUAAUUGUAAUGCCUACUGUUAACCUUCUGGUUACAACACGUGAAGCGAAUCAUUGCUGUGCGUAAUGAGAUAAUAAACCCCAAUGACUUUUAAAUGUUAUUUUGUAA